GCACUGGGGACACAGGUGGAAAAGUCCAAGCUGUUCCUUGCUUUUCUGGUUUUCAUCGUCCCGGAGCGUUAUGUCAUGCCCAGACCAGCAGAGGGCUCCAUGAGGAGUUAUAGAAGAUGCCCCGUGUCUCGGCUCCUUUGGUGCUGCUUCCCGCGUGGCUCCUGAUGGUCGCCUGUAGCCCACAUUCCCUGAGGAUCGCCGCUAUCUUGGAUGACCCCAUGGAGUGCAGCAGAGGGGAACGGCUCUCCAUCACCCUGGCCAAGAACCGCAUCAACCGCGCACCAGAGAGGCUGGGCAAGGCCAAGGUCGAAGUGGACAUCUUUGAGCUUCUCAGAGACAGCGAGUAUGAAACUGCAGAAACCAUGUGUCAGAUCCUCCCCAAGGGAGUGGUUGCUGUCCUGGGACCAUCGUCCAGUCCAGCCUCCAGCUCUAUCAUCAGCAACAUCUGUGGAGAGAAGGAGGUCCCUCAUUUCAAAGUGGCCCCAGAGGAGUUUGUCAGGUUCCAGCUGCAGAGAUUCACCACCCUGAACCUUCACCCCAGCAACACCGACAUCAGCGUGGCUGUGGCUGGGAUCUUGAACUUCUUCAACUGCACCACCGCCUGCCUCAUCUGUGCCAAAGCAGAAUGCCUUUUAAACCUGGAGAAGCUGCUCCGGCAGUUUCUUAUCUCCAAGGACACACUCUCGGUCCGGAUGCUGGACGACACACGGGACCCCACUCCACUCCUCAAGGAGAUCCGGGACGACAAGACAGCCACUAUCAUCAUCCAUGCCAACGCCUCCAUGUCCCACACCAUCCUCCUGAAGGCAGCUGAACUAGGAAUGGUGUCAGCCUAUUACACAUACAUCUUCACAAAUCUGGAGUUCUCCCUCCAGAGAAUGGACAGCCUUGUGGAUGAUAGAGUCAACAUCUUAGGAUUUUCCAUUUUCAACCAGUCCCAUGCUUUCUUCCAAGAGUUCUCCCAGAGCCUCAACCAAUCCUGGCAGGAGAACUGUGACCAUGUGCCCUUCACUGGCCCUGCGCUGUCCUCAGCCCUGUUGUUUGAUGCAGUCUAUGCUGUGGUAACAGCAGUGCAGGAACUGAACCGGAGCCAGGAAAUUGGUGUGAAGCCCCUGUCCUGUGGCUCAGCCCAGAUCUGGCAGCAUGGCACCAGCCUUAUGAACUACCUGCGCAUGGUAGAAUUGGAAGGUCUUACCGGCCACAUUGAAUUCAACAGCAAAGGCCAGAGGUCCAACUAUGCCUUGAAAAUUUUACAGUUCACCAGGAAUGGUUUUCGGCAGAUUGGCCAGUGGCAUGUGGCAGAGGGCCUCAGCAUGGACAGCCGCCUCUACGCCUCCAACAUCUCUGACAGUCUCUUCAACACCACCCUAGUUGUCACCACCAUCCUGGAAAACCCGUACUUAAUGCUGAAGGGGAACCACCAGGAAAUGGAAGGCAAUGACCGCUACGAGGGCUUCUGUGUGGACAUGCUCAAGGAGUUGGCUGAGAUCCUACGGUUCAACUACAAGAUCCGCCUUGUCGGGGAUGGCGUAUAUGGUGUACCCGAGGCCAACGGCACCUGGACGGGCAUGGUCGGGGAGCUGAUCGCUCGGAAAGCGGAUCUGGCUGUGGCAGGCCUCACCAUCACAGCUGAACGUGAGAAAGUGAUUGAUUUCUCCAAGCCAUUCAUGACACUGGGAAUUAGUAUUCUUUACAGAGUUCAUAUGUACACGUUGAAGUCCUCAUUUUCAAGAUCCAUGCUCAUGACCUCAUUGGGAAAUAGAAUUCUUGCCAGUGUUAUAAAGAGGCAGCUGGACGCCCUCUCCAGUGUGGUCUUUGGUAACUUCCUGCAGGGCUCAGUGUUCCGGGACGAGUUCGACCUGGCCAUUCUCCAGCUACAGGAGAACAACCGCCUGGAGAUUCUGAAGCGGAAGUGGUGGGAAGGGGGAAAAUGCCCCAAGGAAGAGGACCACAGAGCCAAAGGCCUGGGAAUGGAGAAUAUUGGUGGAAUCUUUGUGGUUCUUAUUUGCGGCUUAAUAGUGGCCAUUUUUAUGGCUAUGCUGGAGUUUUUAUGGACUCUCAGACACUCAGAAGCAUCAGAGGUGUCCGUGUGUCAGGAGAUGGUGACGGAGCUGCGCAGUAUCAUCCUGUGCCAGGACAAUAUCCACCCCCGGCGGCGGCGCUCCGGAGGCCUGCCACCCCAGCCCCCGGUCCUGGAGGAGCAGCGUCGGCCCCGGGGCACGGCAACGCUCAGUAAUGGCAAGCUGUGUGGCGCCGGGGAGCCCGACCAGCUGGCGCAGAGACUGGCGCAGGAGGCCGCCCUGGUGGCCCGCGGCUGCACGCACAUCCGCGUGUGCCCGGAGUGCCGCCGCUUCCAGGGCCUGCGGGCGCGACCGUCGCCGGCGCGCAGCGAGGAGAGCCUGGAGUGGGACAAGACCACCAACAGCAGCGAGCCGGAGUAGUGGUGGCGAAGGACCGCGGAGCCAGGCGGGGAGGCGGGAGGGCUGACCUCACAGCACCGUUCUCUCCGGAUUCAAGAUUCAAUCACUUUACAAAGCGAUCAGAGCCUGACGCCCCAGCAGGAGCUGGAUCCCCCCGCCCCCGUGGGAGAGUGGGUCUAUCCGAGACGCUGCACCCACGUGGCAGAGAUGCUGUCGCUCGUGGGCACAAGGACCCAUCUCCUCCCAGAGGGCCUUUCCCUCACACCCAAAUAACAUGGAGUCUGGGUAACGCCCCCCCCCCCCCAGGAGAGAAGUUUAGGAAACGAUGGCAUCAUCAGUUGGGUUCCCCCCUAGGAAGGGGCUAUUGUACCAUGGGUCUAGUUCUUACCGGAAAAAGAAAUUAAACUCAACAGGGAAGUUGUUCUUUUCUGAAUUUGUAUAUUUUUGUUAAUGUACUUCUCUUUCCUGUUUUUCUUUUGUGUCUUCUGGCUUCUGUUCUGUCUUAUGCUUUGGGAAGGGGAGUGUGGGGUUGGAGGAUGGAAGCCUGACCCCUGCUUCUUUUUUUUCCCCCCCGGCUUAGUUCAUUUCUUCUUAUUUUAUUAUUAGGUUUUUUUUUUUUUUUUUUUUUCGGCUUUGGAGGUACUGGUGCACAGGGUUUGAGGUGCUGACCCUGCUCCCCUCCUGUGGUGUUUGGUGGUCUCCCUGUGUGUAGAGGGCCUUGGGUGAAAGCCCAUCAAACCAACAUUUUAAAUACCAAAAAAGAGAAAGAAGGAAGGAAGGAAGGAAGGAAGGAAGGAAGGAAAGAAAGAAAGAAAGAAAGAAAGAAAGAAAGAAAGAAAGAAAGAAAGAAAGAAAGAAAGAAAGAAAGAAAGAAAAAGAAAACCAGUCUGUAGUCUACCUGGAGAUACCUUAAAAUGCCUGGGGCUUCAAGGGUUAAUCUGUCUUUUCUCUUUCUUCCCCCAUUUUCAUCUCUGAGAAUAGAAGGAAGACUGAAUGAGUAAAGCAUGCUGGGAACUGUGUAAGGAGUAGGGAGGGUGUGUGUGUGUGUGUGUGUGUGUGUGUGUGUGUGUGAUUUUCCCACACUGUGGUCCUGGCUUCCAUUGCAAGGUACUACUCAGAGAGGAGAGAGGGCAGGGCCACCCCACCAGUACAACCACAUCUCUCUUUAGCUGAACUCAGUAGCCCUCUGAGAAGUGUAAGUGUUCCCCUAAGGUUCUUAACAGACUGGGUGAUAGAUUUUUUUUUUUUUUUUUUUUGGUACCAGAAGUGAAACCUGGGUGCAACUGCACGUGUUAUGUGUGAGUGUGAGUGUGUGUGUGUUUGUACUUCCACACGUGUGUGUACCCAAGCAUACCCGCCUGUGUCUAUGAAACAGAAAGACCUUAAGUGGCCAGCAAUAGGCCUAGCUCCUAGGAGAGAAUGGAAUUUCUUAACCCAUCACUGGCUGGUAAACCAGGAACCAGAUCUCACUGUGGGCAGUCACAUUCCUUGUGUGACUGAGGAUGAAGUAUCUCACUGGUCUGCUACAGACUGGGAGUAAGCAAUAGGUGUCCAGGGACUGCUCUGCCUGUAGAAGGUUUGCAAGGUCUGAUGGGAGUGCCCUCCUAACGGGUGGGCCCAGGUUCCUGAGGGAGCAGCUUGGCCUCCAUCUGGUGUCAUCACUCCAAAAUUCCAGGAAGAGUUGAUGGAAAACAAAUUCUAUGCAAUUUCUGAUUGUAACUCAGAAAAUUCCGGGAGAGAUGAACGGCCACCACCAACUCCACCUCCUCCGCCACCACCUUGAGUUGAGCUGAUUUCACAUGGCUCCUGUUCCGAAUGUACUAGAAUAAAGACAUUUUUCUGAAGAUGACAAGCCGGAUUCCCUGGUUCUGCCUUUCGCAUAGGUUGGCACCUUCCCUGUGCUGGGACAAGUUGUUAGAGCUGCCGCCCUGGGGCCAAGCUGUAACCCUGAUUCUCCUCGAUCCAGUUAAGAGAUGCCCUGCCAGUCCUAACUCACCCCUUGCGGGUGACUUGGAAUUCUUUUUCACUUUUCUCUUUAACCGUCUAGUGGCAGCAAGCUGUGUGGGACCCUUAAGGUCUUGGUUUUGCCAUUCCUUGUGGGGAAAUUCAGAUUCAGUGGGAAGGACACGUGAAGGCCAAGUGCCAGCAGCCCCCCCCCCCCCCGUGGUGUCCCAACUGCUCCAAUCCCCAACCCUUUCCCAUGCUUCUGACUCCGGGAUCCCUCCUGUCAGAUCACAUCUGAGGCAGGAAGGCUCGUUUUUUAAAACUCAUUUUUAUGAGCAGGAUAUCUUGAUCAAUAGGAAACCUUUUUUUUAAUGGAUUAGUGGAGCAAAUGUCCCACACAUCCUUUGUGAUGUCUGUUUCCCUCCCUGCGUGGAGUAACGAGGAUACUGACGGCACUGGGCAGCUUUCCUUAACUCCUGGGACCAUCGCUGCACCUUCCUGCGGUCGCCGCGUGAGUCUGCUAUCAGCCGUUUCUGGCCCUUGGUUUGUCUCCACGUUUGAUCCAUUGGUCACUGGCUUUCUUUUCCCAUCCUGUGUUUUCUAUCUGACUCUGUGUACUGUAUAAAGCAGUUUUUCUCUUGUCUGUUUAUCUUUCUUCGACUGGAAUAUUUACAAUAAAACAA